AUAUUUUUCCUACUAGAAAACUUCAAAAUUAAUUAAUAAAAUAAGAAAUGGGGAACUUUCAGAUCGAAAUUUCACAAAGUAUUAGAUAGGAGAACUUUCAAUGGAGGAUAUAAUGAUGAAAUUGGUGAACAUUCAACUCCAUAAUCAUGAAUAAAAGUAUGAGAUAGCAUUGCUUUCAAUUAAGGAGAUAAUUCUGUUAUCCUUUAUCUAAUGUGACGCACGGAGGGUUGGAUUUGAAGUUUGAACAUAGGGUUGGCAUCUAGAUGCCCCCACCAAGACACCAAGAAUAUUUUAGAAAAUCAUGAAGCAUUGAGUUCUCGUGUACAAAUCUGAAGUCAAAAGAAGAACAUUUGUGGGUAUAGAUCCAAUUCCGGAGUCCAGACCGCCAUUAUCUGUCAAAAGAGUGUAGCAGAAGUAAAAUUUCGCCAUUUUUCCCUAUAUAAAGGCAACCCAUAACAGGGAAGAAGACAGGGAUAGGUACAGAGGGAGAGGGAGAGAGAGAAAGAGGAAGAGGGAGGAGAUAAGAGAGUUAUGGUGAACCCCCAAAACAAGGCUCUGCCAAAGAGGAUAAUCUUGGUGAGGCAUGGAGAGAGCCAGGGUAAUCUAGAUGGGGCAGCCUACACCACCACUCCAGACCACAAAAUCCCGCUGACCCAGCAAGGUUUAGCCCAAGCCAGGCUCACCGGUGAGGGGCUCCGGCGGGUUAUAUUUGGCGACGGCGGAUGCGAGAGCGCGAGGGUCUACUUCUACGUGUCGCCCUAUGAGCGGACCCGAUCGACGCUUCGGGAGAUCGGACGGUCGUUCUCGAAGAAGAGGGUGAUAGGGGUUAGAGAGGAAUGCAGGGUGAGGGAACAGGACUUUGGGAACUUUCAGGUGGAGGAGAGGAUGAAGUUGGUCAAGGAGACGAGGCAAAGGUUUGGGAGGUUCUUCUACAGAUUCCCAGAAGGAGAAUCUGCUGCGGAUGUGUAUGAUCGUGUUUCAAGUUUUCUUGAAUCUCUAUGGAGGGAUAUAGACAUGAACAGAAUUCACCGGGACCCAACUCAUGAGCUAAAUCUUAUAAUUGUGUCGCAUGGACUAACCUCCCGUGUCUUUCUCAUGAAGUGGUUCAAGUGGACAGUCGAGCAAUUUGAGGACCUUAACAAUCUUGGAAACUGCGAGUACAGAGUAAUGCAAUUAGGAAGUGGGGGAGAAUACAGCUUGGCAAUACAUCAUACUGAUGAAGAACUGCAACAAUGGGGUCUCUCGCCCGAAAUGAUAGCUGACCAGAAAUGGCGAGCACGUGCAAAUAGGGGUGAUUGGAAUGAAGGUUGCCCUUGGUACCUUGAUGCAUUCUUUGAUCAUCUAGCAGACUCUGAUGAUGGUGCUGAAGAAAACACUGAUAAAGCAAACCAUACAAAUCGUUUGAAUAACUGUGCAUAAACUGCCUGGAAUCGGAUUGCAAAUUGUUCAUCCCCUACCUUUGAGGCUUUGAGUAUAGAAUUGGUAGAUCUGGACAAAAUCAGCAAUUUUGUAUAGUUUUGCUAAGUUUUGUCCGAUUGCGUACAAUUUUAAAUUCAAGGCUCAAAUUCAAUGUUCCUCACUAAUUCUGUUCUCAAUUUGUUCUUGAUUGUAAUUUUACCGAGUGCUUUAUGUGAGUUGGAAAUUAUAUUCUUUUUCUUUUUUA